UGACGUCAGUUCCCCUGGCAACGUUGAAUAAAAUAUCGAGAUGGAGUACAGGCAAAAUCAAACUCUAAUAUUGAACUAGCUAGCUAGCUAAUAUAGCUAAUAGUUAGUAAGUAAGAUACUCGAUUCUAAGAUAACUAGCUAUUCGACUUUGCAAAUGUGUCAGACAAAAUAUGGCUGUAGCAAACGCAAAGCCUACUCUGAAAGAGUGCGAAGUGAAACAAUGCCUGCCACAAAUAUAUAAGGCCUUAUUGACAGCUUCAUGUCUGUCAUGUCCCAAUGACCCGAUACAGUUCCUGAAAAACACUCUCAUGGCCUUCCAGGGACAUGAUAAUCUUCAUGAUGUUGACUGGCACAAGUUUGUUGCAGAUGCAGAACAGCGUACUGCAGCAACUUCUCUGACACUUAUGACUGUGGACACUGUCUAUAUUGACCCAGAUGACCCUAUGUUGUCCUUUUGUCUUUUCGAGAAGGCCUACUGCUGUUACAGGAAACAUUUAACAAGCUCUUGCUUCAGGAAGUGGAAGAGGUUCACCACGCAGAGUAAGAGUGACAUAAUAGAGCUGGCUUUGAAGAUGGACAUGGCAAAGAAGUGUUAUGAGAGGAAAUGCCAGCUGGUUGCACUUACCAAAUGGUCAAACUGGGUGAAAUUGCACAAGAAGAUGCAGGCCGUUGCCACGGAGAAGCUUGAGAGACUUGUAAAUGCUGGCCGCCUUAAGCGCAUCAUAGCUGCAUGGUGUAAUGUUGCAAAGGACUCAAAGAGGACAAAAGAGUACUUUAAGAGGUUGGAAAUGGGGUGUAUAGAAAUUGACAACAAAGUCCACCAGAUCGGGGAAGGAUGUGACGGACUCUCAGUGCUCCCUAGCAGGCUUUCACUGAAGAUCUUUCAAUAUUUAGAGUUGCGAGACAGGCUAAAUUGUGCUGAGGUGUGUUGCACAUGGAAAGCUAUUAUCCAGUCAGGCACACUGUGGAGUCAGAUCAACUUCUCUGUGGAGAAAGACUGGAUAACAGACAGCACAAUGAAGCAGAUUCUGCAGACUUAUCGCCCAUUUGUGAUCCAUCUUAACCUGCGUGGCUGCACCUCUCUAAAAUGGCCAAGCUUGAAAUAUAUCAGUGAGUGCAGAAAUCUCCAGGACCUUAAUUUGUCAGAGUGUCUUAAUGUUACAGAUGUGAUGCUUCAGAAAAUUGUCGAGGGCUGUCCCUGCCUGCUGUACUUGAACCUUUCUUGUACACCUAUAACAAACAAAACUCUAAGGGAACUGUCUAGGAGCUCUCUCAACCUUCAAUACCUGAGUCUGGCCUACUGCUACAGAUUCACAGAUAAAGGGUUUAUGUACCUGAACACAGGGAAGGGUUGCCACAAUCUCAUCCACCUCAACCUGUCCGGCUGCACUCAGAUGACUGUAAAUGGGUUCAGAUAUAUUUCUGCCGGAUGCCCUUCGCUCAAGGAGAUUGUGAUCAAUGACAUGCCCACGCUGUCAGACAGCUGUGUCUUGGCGCUAAUUGCCAGAUGUUGCUGUCUGUCUGCCAUUUCUCUGCUGGAUGCUCCUCAUCUUUCCGAUGUUGCCUUCAAAGCCAUUGCUGAAGUUGCCAAACUGAAGACUUUUAGGACAGAGGUUGUUUUGUCUGUUCCUCACCCCGUGUGCACUUUAGGUAACAACCAACUAACAGACGUCAGCUGGAAGGCCCUGUGCAGCAGCUCACAAGGCCUCCGCAGACUCCACGCUGCAGAAUGCUCCAGAAUGACCGACGCAAGCCUCAAAUCUAUGGCCAACCUUAACAACCUGCAACACCUUGACAUCUCACUUUGUAACAAGGUGAGUGAUACUGGGAUCCAGUAUCUGACUGAAGGUUCAUCAUCCACCAAACUGAGAGAGCUGAAUGUCAGUUACUGCAGUCACGUCACUGACAUAUCUGUCAUGAGGAUUGCACAAAGGUUGUGUAAACUGUACCAUCUCAACUUGAGUUAUUGUGAGAGACUGACUGAUGUGAGUCUGGAGUGGCUGAGUGGCAGCUCUAUCUGCUCACUUGACAUCAGCGGUUGCCACAUCCAGGAUCAGGGGCUGGCGGCUCUUGUGAGAAUUCGCUUGAAGAAGUUGGUUCUUGCCGAGUGUGUCUACGUCACAGAUGUUGGCAUGGAGAAGCUGUGCAAGAAUGUGAGAGAUCUGGAACAUGUUGAUGUGUCUGACUGUGUAGCUCUGUCAGACCCGGCCAUCAGGGCGAUUUCAUUUUACUGCAGAGCUCUAGUCACACUGCGGAUGUCAGGCUGUCCCAAGAUGACCGACAUGGCAGUGCAGUAUCUGACAAGUGGAUGUCAACACCUGCGAGAUCUUGAUGUGAGUGGCUGUGUUCUUCUCACAGAUCGCAGUCUCCGAUACUUAGAGAGGAUCUGUCCUCCACUCUGCUCCAUCACAAUGGCCUGCUGCAGAAGCAUCUCCAGGGCGGCCGCCUUAAAGCUUCAGCCACGUGUGGAGCACUGGGAGCACAGCAAUGACGACCCUCCAUACUGGUUUGGAUACAACAUGGGACAAAUAGUGCAUCCAAUCACAAGACACGCUAAGACUGAUGACACCUGGGAAGUGGUGGAACAGCACUCAGUGAUGACAAAAGCAGCAUGUACAGAGAGAGUAGAAACAGAUAUCAAUAAGUAAUGUUAUUGUAAAAGUAGAGCCCUAAGUAAUCACAUCAACCAUCAGUUUUGGGACAUUGUUUCAAAACAUGUUAAGAGCAUAUUUAACAAACCAUUUUGCAUGAUACACUUGUGAUAAUCCACACAAAAUCACUGGUUAAAUAAUCAGAUUAGGAGUCACCUGUUUGGAUGGAGACAUAGCACUGUUUCAGCACCUCACUGACACAUUAUACAUGACACAGUGGAGUGUCAUGUUCUUUUCUGUUUUGAGUUUGAGGCAAUAGAUCACUUUUUGCUUGUAUAUAAAUUGUUACUCAUUGCCUUUGCCCUGCUAGGCUCCAGUGGGUUAAUAACCUGUACGUAAGCAUGUGUGAUUCCCACUCUGAACUUUCGUAACAUUUCUUCUUGGGGGUCAGUUUUGGAUCCUUUAUUAUUCAUAGUAACUGUUGUUCGCCCUUCUAUAACAUAGUAUAUUUCAUUUGUACAAAGGCAACACAAUUGUGUAUUGCUCAACAUAUUUCAUACAGUAUUUCUAUUGUCCAAUACAGCUAAGUGCAUAUACAAUCUAU